GUACAAGAAAUGUACCUGGCCUUAAAAUGCAUCAUCAGGCACACUUUAAAACAUAAUUUUACCAUACUGUAACACACAGGAAAACAAUUACGAGUACAAAAAGGAUAUACUAUUCACUAACAAAAUAUGAAUACUAUGUUUGGAAUACGUUUAACUGUGCCAUGGAUGAUUCUAUUGGUAAUUUCUGGGUUAUCUUGUAUCUUCAUGAUGCAGAUUCUAUAUGUCCAGAAAAUUUACACAUCAGUUACUGGAAACAAAUGUGAAAAGAAAGAUGAUUCGUCUAUUCAACAAUGUGCAAACUCCGCCUCGAAAAUACAUUCCUUUGCAGAAAAAGUACUCAACAAGGAUCGCCGCGUAUUACAGGCCGAAUCCUUUGAACAUAUAAGAGUUUCAAACGAAAACCAAUGCAAAGACAGAAAAUUCCUAGUUUACCGUUGUGACUCUUCGAUUGGUUGUGGCGGCUGGGCGGAUCGACAAAAAGGCAUUGUAUCAACAUUUCUAAUGGCGCUUCUGACGAAGCGGGUAUUUGUGAUCGAUAUGACCCGUCCGUGUAAACUAGAUCAGUUUAUGUUGCCUAACACGUACGACUGGUCAGUAUGUCAAUCAUAUAUCAAAUCUGUUCCAAACCGUUUAACAGGUACAUUUAAUCACAUUGAAGACUAUAAAUUUGCAACAGUCGUUAAUCACUUUGACUUUGAAAGAGUCUGGACCAAACGUGUAAUUUUCAUACGAUUUCAUACACAUGCUAUCGACGGAUUAAGACAACACGAUGAAGCUAAAUCAAGAUUUAAAUGGCUUUUGAACAUGACCAACGAAGACGUCAUACAUGUAGUACUUAAUACAUUAUUUCAACCAAGCGAUAAGAUUAUAAAUGAUGCAAUUGAAUUUCAUGAUAAUCGUAUAGGAGAGAAAAAAUUAAUGUGUUGUCACAUCCGCAAAGGCAGAAAUCCAAGCAUUCCCGAAGACAAUAACCUUCGGUUUGGACCACCAAAUGAAACUGUCAUAUUUGAUUUUUUGAAAAACUAUGACAGAAAAUCGGAUUAUUUGAUUUAUAUUGCUUCUGAUUCAGAGGAAGUGAAACAAAGCGCUAGAAAUCAUUUUUCAUCAUACAUCAACAUUAACCGAACUAUUGUUCAUGUAGACAGACUGGGUACAUUUAGAAACUUAAAAACAGAAGCGUGCAAUGGACUAUAUUCAGUUAUUUUGGAACAAUUGAUUCUUUCAUUAUGUGACGAACUCGUCUUGACACGGAGUGGAUUAGGUACAUUUGCCGCCUAUAUGAGAGGAAUUGCUGAAGGUCUUUUCUUAUAUCAUCCAACUGAGAAACGAAUUGUUACGACAAACCUUACAAAUAUACAAAAAGUUUUUCAUUUUCUAUAACACAACUUGUAUGCUGUGAAAAGGUAAAAUAGGCGUCGUAAGGUGAAAAGGCGAGAUUUUAGCAUUUUAUCAUUCGAGCGUCUUGUCAGGUUUGUACCGGGAUACGGUAUUUAAUGUGGUGCUCCAAUCCUUUUAUAUGCCCGAAAGAAUUUCGGGAAUAUUAUGUUAUACCCCCUGGCGUCCGUCCGCCCGUCCGUCCGUUAGCAAUUUAGUUUCCGGAGCAUAACUUAAGUUUCAUUUGGCCCAAAAUAUUCAAACUUCUUAGAAUGAUUGUCCAUAUUGGGUAGAAGACCCCUAUUGAUUUUGGGGUCACAAGGUCAAAGGUCACUAUGACCUUAAAACUGAAAACAGUUUCCAGAUUCCAUUCGGCCCACAGUGUUCAAACUUCAUAGGAUGAUUGUCCAUAUUGGGUAAAAGACCCCUAUUGAUUUUGGGGUCACAAGGUCAAAGCUCAAGGUCACAAUGACCUUAAAACUAAAAACAGUUUCUGGAGCAUAACUUAAGUUCCAUUUGGCCCACAGUGUUCAAACUUCAUAGGAUGAUUGUCCAUAUUGGAUAGAAGACCCCUUUUGAUUUUGGGGUCACAAGGUCAAAGGUAAAGGUCACUAUUACCUUAAAACUGGGAACAGUUUGCGGAACAUAACUUAAGUUCCAUUUGGCCCACAGUGUUCAAACUUCAUUGGAUGACUGUUCAUAUUGGGUAGAGGACCCCUAUUGAUUUUGGGGUCACAAGGUCAAAGGUAAAGGUCACUAUUACCUUAAAACUAAAAACAGUUUCUGGAGCAUAACUUAAGUUCCAUUUGGCCCACAGGAUACAAACUUCAUAGGAUGAGUGUCCAUAUUGGAUAGAAGACCCCUUUUGAUUUUGGGGUCACAAGGUCAAAGGUCAAGGUCACUAUUACUUUAGAACUGAAAAACAGUUUCCGGGGCAUAACUAAAGUUCCAUAUGGACCACAAUAUUGAAACUUCAAAGGAGGUUUGUUAUUUGAAGGAGGUAAUACUUCAUUCAAUUCCCAUGUCUUACAAAUGCUUCAUCUUUACUAAAAAAAAUCACUUUCGGGCAUAUAAUGCUCCGCCUAGCGGUGCUCUUGUUUAGUAUGAAUUGUGGAUGAAUCACGUGAUAGUAGUUAAUUCAUAAUUUACUUUUGCCAAGCAGCAUCAAUCGUUUCAAGGGAUUUAUCCAAUUGAAAUAUCUUUAUUCACAAACGUGUAGUAUGUUCGCCGAAUUGCAAAAUAAAUAUUUGUUCGGCAAAAGCUUACACCCCCAUUAAAACAAUAGAGAAACACAAAAUCCCAAAGGCGUGUUUUUUAUCUAACAUUUCAAUCUUCACAUAAAAUAUAUAAUUCUUUAUAAAAAAUGAGAAUAAAUUUCAACAUGACAGAGGAAUAAAACAGUUCUGCGUUUAGUAUGCAGCUCUCAAUGUUUUUUUUCAGUGAUCGUUACUUUUCAAUAUUCAAAGAUGACAAUAAAGAAAAUCCGAGCAACUGCAGGCCUAUAUCUAUUCUACCUGCAAUUUCAAAAAUAUUGGAAAGACACUUUGCAAAUCAAUGAAUAUUUUUUCUUUAAGAAAACAAAUAUCAUUCAUAAAACUUAAUCAGGGUUUAAAUAGUACCAUUCAUGUCACACUGCACUAAUUCGGCUAUUAGAAGCAUGUUGGAGCUGUAUCUUUAGAUCUAAGAAAAGCUUUUGAUCUUGUUAACCAUCAAAUUCUAUUGCAUAAGUUAAAAUUUUAUCAUUUUUCAGAUAAGUGGCAGCUGUAAAAAGUUGCCCCGUACUUCACUUCAAUGUUAUAUUCUUCUGGUCCUUCAGGGUCAUUGAUACCAGGACUAUUAAGUGUUGAGAAUUGAGUACCGCUCAAGCCGGUGCCAGGGGGCGUGAGGGAUAUCGCACUUAUUUAUUAUCCCUCAUAUACAAUUUCAAUCAAACCGAGUCUUCAAUUUUCAUGUAAUUUUGUUGUGAUUUAUGCUUCCGAUGGAUUAUUUUGUUUUAAGAUUUUUUGAAACUUCUGGCGUUCCUCAGGGAUCUAUUCCGGCCCCCUUUUAUUCUUAUUAUAUACAUGAAUGAUAUACAUUUUGUAUUACUUUAGCUAUUACAUAUUGUAAUAUAGAUCUUUAUGCUGACGAUUCUACCAUAUAUGUAUCUGAUCAUGAUUUGAAUGUAGCAGAAAGUAAAUUUCAACAAAAUUUGAAUGCUAUAGAUCGAUGGUGCAAUUUAACCAGUAUGUAAAUCCAUCCAAAUAAAACAAAAAGCAUAAUAUUAUGUACGAAACAAGAAGUAAUUUUUGUAAUGAACUUACUAUAUGUAUUGCAGAACAAAAAUGUUAAAUGUAAAAAUACAUAGAGGAUAUUUGUUUGUUUUGCAUGUAAGAUUGAAAUAUAAUUUCACUGAGUGAACACCGGAUGCAAUAUUUUCACGAGUGGCGUAGCCACGAGUGAAAAUAUAAUAGCUGGUGUUCACGAAUGAAAUAUAUUUCAAUCUUAUAUGUAAAACAAAUAAAUUUUCUUUUUAUUUCAUGCGUUUUAAGUGAUUUUAAGUAAUUUUUACUGAUUUUGCCGCGUAACGUCGCGCAUUCUUCUUUGUGACGUCAUCACAUCAUGACGUCACAUCAACAAUUUUGAAAUAUAGUUCUGUUAAAUUUCUCUAAUUUUGUUACAUUUUUAACAUCAUGUAUGGUGACAUCGACUUUCUUUUUCUAAAGAAGCAAAAUUUACAAAUGAUGGCAUUUAUUUCUGCCUGUUAUUCCAUUCAGUUAUGAUUUUCUUUUCAUCCGCAUUCAGAUAAAGUCCGGCUACAGUGAAAAUUAUAUUUUAUAAAUUUCACUAGUGGUUUAUCAGAAUAUAAUCAUCUGAUAUAUUACAAUAAAACACUGGAAAGCAUGAAAUACAAA